AGCAGUCACGACCGACCUUCAUUGUUAUUGAUACAAUCGAAAACUUCUGGCACAAAGUCGACUAUCAAAUUGCCACGCCAAUUCCGAUCUGAAUAAAUCAGCCAUGGCUCAAGAGAACUAUCUAGACUUCAGAGAUCAAGGGCUUCACGGGGUGCGAGGAUCGGCACACAUCCUCGCAAUGAUCGAGCCUCAUCGACACCCGAUCUGGCGACUGGAUUUGUCGCAUAAUAGGUUGAACACGGACGGAUGUAUACACUUGUUCAAAGGUCUUAAAGCGAUCCGAGAGAGACGAAACCUCGAGUUCAAGGAUGACAAGGGGUUUACCCUCGAGAUGAUUAUAUUGGCCGGAAACUGGAUAGGAGACCCUGCUCUUCCAGCCAUCGCGGACUAUCUAGACGGGGAUACAACCCUGGGAAAGAUUAUCCUCUCGAACAAUGGGAUAGAAGGCGUAGAUCAUAUGCCGGCGUUGGGCCGAGCAAUAGCUGGCUCACAACUGCAGAGUCUGGUCGUGCUCAAUAACCCCCUUCGUCAUCACGCUUUGCGGGAUUUUUUGGAGGGUCUCGCCCCCAAAUGUGCUGCCCAUCCUGCAACAUACCACCUGACGCGCCUAUACUGGUGGUCAUACCAACUACCGUACGAAGACACCAUUACGGCUUUAAGCGAUUUCCUGGCGGACUCUCGACGAUCUCGCCAUCUCCGAAGAGUCCAUCUCGAGUUUAACGACGGGGUCGACGGGGUGGGGUUCCUUUCGUCAGCAUCUUUUGCCUUGUUAGAGGUUGCCAUUUGCCGCUACAAUCGUAACCUCCGGGAAGUCUUUCUUCCGAUAUUCGAUCAGCGUAUCGGGGAGACCAGAAGAUAUGACGACGUCAGCCGCGCGAACAUCAUGAAAGCGUUGACUCGUUACGCCGAGAUGGGUUUGCCGAUACCAAGACAGGAGCCUACGUCGGAGCUACACGAGGAAUCAUACUUGGAAUUCGAGCGUGAGGGUCUACGGAACGAACGGUUUCGUGAAAAUAGGGAACUGCUCCAGUCCUUGAAAACCUCGUUUGCUCAACUUCUCCCGGCAAUGAGAAUCGUGCUCAACGGAUUCAAAGACGAGGCCUUCCGGGGACGUUUGCAUAUUUUGGAUCUUCCUCCCGAGAUCCUUACUUUGAUCGUCAAGAACAUCGCUGUCGAUCCAGAUGUUCCUUCGGUGAGGCAAUGGAAUGACCUCGUGGCGUAUGCCACCGAUCGGGCGGCUGUUUUCUCAGCCACAGGCUCCGCAACACAAGAGGAUGUCAUGUUCAAGUUAGGUUGGGACUGUUAUGACGCUUAGUGUGAGCGGUACAGGGCGGAGGAUGAGAAGCCCUCGAGGAACUGAGCGACACAGCAUGGUGGAGCCGCUCCGGCCGUCAGAUGAUUAUCAGCCUGCAGCAAUGCAAAAGUGAUAUUGCCGGAGUUGGGGCACCAAGGGGUUGCAUAAAGGCGUUGUGAUCGCUUCAAGCCGAGACC